AUGGCUCAGCCGGCACUCAACGCAAAAACGGUCAGGAAGAACGCACUCGUGUACAUAAAUGGUGCCUGUGAAUUUGAUCUUGGACCCUUGAACGCGGCUUCUUUCUCUUUCCUUGUCAACGCCGACGCCAUCAACUUAUGGAGGCCAUCUUUCCACCCAUCCGAGGUCGAGGACGUGGCAUCAUCGUUGGUGACCCAGGUCGAGGGGGGCGGCCACACUCUCGAAAUAAGCACUGGACGCCAGGCGAAAAUGCACGAAGCAAUACGCCCACCCAUUCUGAUGGCGAAAGGAUCAACAAAGGGGAAGGAGCGGGCCACGAACGAAUCGGAGGCAGAAGUCAUCGACGUAGAGGCUGAGCACCACGUUGAAGAGGCUACGAACGAAAUUGAUGAACCCGAACUCGAAACUCAGGAAGAACGCGAGAGGUUUUACCAAGAGUUGGUGAAAGCACGUGAAGCCGAACGGAAAAAAGCCAUUGCGGAGGGGAAAAUGGACGAUCCUCUCGUUCCGAAACGUCUCGAGGAUGCAAUAUCCAUUGUUGGGACAUGCCACGACAUGUGUCCACGUUUUGAACGCUAUCGACGGGAACGAGAGAACAACCUAUUUGAAUGGGAGACUAUUCCCGGAACGAAGAGGGUUGAUCACAAACGGGCGGUGAAAAUGUAUGAGCGUGCUGCUGGGGACAAAAUUUUGCCGUCCGAUUUGCGACCACCUUUUGUUCUGAAGCGAACCUUGGAUUAUCUUUUCCAUGACCUUCUUCCACGAGGAGGUCUAUCAAAAACCGCCACCUUCAUCCGUGAUCGUUCUCGAGCAGUUCGAAAUGACUUCACUCUGCAACAUAUCACUAAUUCUCUUGCGAUUGAGUGUCAUGAUCGAUGCGCUCGAUUCCAUAUUCUUAGUUUGCACUUUGAGGGCCACAAGCCCGGAUUCUCUGUCCCGCUGGAAGAUCAGCAACUAAUGAACAGUGGGCCAUCCCACUUCUUUUCAUUGCAAAGUCUAAAAGAGUUUUAUGACACCGAACGCGGUCGAUAUGAAGCGCCAACCGAGAUGGAAAUGCGUGUGUACCACAGGCUCAUCCACAUUCGAGACCAAAGAGAACGCCAUGAAAAUAUACCAAAUCACAUCACCUCUCACCCCGUUUUCAAGUUGACGACUGAUUUUCGUUUGCAUGUGCAGCACAAGAGUGCUCCGAUCACCAAAACUUCUCCACUUGUCGUUGACGCAGAGGCCAUGGAAAUCUUCAGUCAAUUGGCGAGCGUGCUGAGGGACCAGGGAAGUGUGGUGAUGAUCUACAUGGUCGCAUGUAUCCUGGAGAGGUUGUUCGGGAGGGAGACGAUCGAUGAUAUAGAGGCCAUCAGGGCUGACUUGACGAUUCCGGACUUGAUUGACGGAAAUUCUACCGGCAGUGGGGCUAUCAACGGGAUUUACGAGGCUAAUGGUGAUGAGGAAAUGCAUGACGACGAGUUUGUGGACGAAGAUCAUGAACAUGAUGACCAACUUCUCGAAGAACCCGUUUCCGCCCCCAUUCCUGUGAAGCCCAGUACUGCUGAGUGGUCAUCGUCCGCGUUUGGCUCAUGGCCGUCAAGCUCAGCUGCCCCAGCGUUUUCUGUGCCGACUCCCUCCACUGCGUCCAGUCCAUUUGCCGCCCCCUCUACUGCAGGUUCUGCCUUUGCGAGUAUCACAACAACUCCCAAUGUCUUUGGAACCCCCUCGGUAUUCGGCACCUCUCCUUUCCAGCCAGCCAUUCCACCCAACCCGCCGAAACCCAUCUUUGGACAUACACCAUCGUCAACUGCGGGUCUUCCAUCUCAAAACUCACCCCUCCCGCAAUCCGGGGAUUCCACAGUGAACCAAUCUAGCGUUCCAAUCGGCAACAUUUUUGGCGGGACAACGCCCUCAUUCCCAUUACCAGACCCCAAUCCACCACCACUUACUCAACCCCUUACCGCGCGAACCUCUCUUACUGAGAGACCUAAGUUAAUAUUUGGGGGACCACCUGCUACAAACGACUCGUCCUCAGCUACUAUCAACAGAAGUGAGAGCGUUCUUUCUUCGAACACAAUUCCCAACUUCUUUUCAUUGAAUCCUAACGCUGCACCAUAUGCACCGCCCCCCGCCAACCAAUCCAUCUUAUCUCCGUCUAUGCCUACCACCACAGCAAAGGAGACGCCAUCCAAUGGCAUUCCCACGAUGCCAAUGACUUUAUCUAGGUCACCGUCCUCUUUGGCUGAUACAGCCCGCGGUUCGACUCCAUCUCUAAAAAUCGACACUAGUGCUCCGGCCAGUCCCACUGUCCAUUCCGUCCCGUCGCCCAAAGUACCACCACAACUCUCUCGAAAAGCCCCCAUAUCCCUUCCUUCCACACCAACUACUAACUUCCUGCCAUCUAGCGCACUGGUUGCUCAUCUUAGGGAUAAUGUGUCAACGCCAGUCCUGACUCCUGGCCCUUUAAGCCCCCUGACGUUGCAAACACCAACGCCAACGCCUAGUACAUCGCAUAUUCAUAAUUUCUCACCAGCGCCAAGAAAGACCAAGGGUUUGGGUCUCCAACCCACUCUGAGUGCCAUCAGCCUCAACGGCGAGAGUAAACCUCCUCCUCAAGUCGUCGCUAAAUCGUCAGAUAAAUCUCGUGCGGUCUUGGAAAAGAAAGCGUAUGAUUUUUACCAAGCGAGUCUCUCCAAGAGGUCCUACGGACGGUGGAAGAAGAAGUUCGAUACAAAGGCGGAGUGGAUAAAGGCAUAUCAACGUAGUGAUGCUUAUCGUCAAAAAAUCCAGAAAGCACGACAAUCCCACGACGCAUCGCCCGACAGGAAGCGAAUGUUAUCGAUCAGUGUAGCUGCAUCAAGUAAAUCUCCCUACAAGAAGCGAGCGAAACGACGUAUAUCUAGCGACUAUCAACCACCACGAGAUGACGAAGAGCUUGCCAAACGUUUCAAAGAGAAUCAGGAGGAACACGAGCGUCGUUGGGCCCAGGGAUCGUUUCUUCAAGUCGUGCGAAACCAUGUUAAGUGCCGAUCGAGUCAUCACCCAUCUGUGCCCUGGCAAAUAUGGUUAUCCGUCAACCCAGAAAGCGACGCCACGGCUAUUUGGAUUGAACGCAAGUUUAAUGUUCCGGACUCUGGAGAAUGGGUGUCUGAAGCUAUCUUUUCGAUACCCCUUUCUCCGAGCAAACUUUCCAAAGAGCCAGGGUAUCCGGGAAUGCUUGUAUUCGAAUGUACACCUAUCGAGGGCGUUCCGGACGAAAUCGAAAGAAAAUAUCGCGUUUUAGACGAUUGCUCUCGCCUUCGUGACAUCAUCAAGACAUUACCUCCCAAACGCCACUUCAUCCCGUCUCUUCUGAUAUUCUGCUGGACGGAGGGAGCAGACUCUUAUCCGGCGACUGAUUUUUUUGAUAUGGUCAAGAGAUUCGUGUCGGAGAACAUUCUUGAAAGCUAUCAUGUUUUUGCGAUGACAUCGACCACAAAGGACUUGGAUUCCAAACUCGAUGAUGCGAUGAAGUCGUUGUCUCUGGAUACGGAAGGAAAACUUGUCAAGGCCCUAACAGUUCGAGGGAUCUACAAACUUUUCGAAUCGACCUUUAACUCGUUUGUAACAGAGUGGAUUGAAAACUGCUCUUCCAACUGCUUCUUCGAUUGGAAUAUCUACGGCCACCUUGUUCAAGCUUCUUUUGAGCUUUUGAAUGUGAUUGACUCAUCCGUGCACCAAUUGACAAAUAUACGAGGUGAAACCAACCUUCAUCCGUUCGACCCUGAUUCUCUGGAAGACAGCGACUCCGCAUAUGAAGUUGCAGAGCAGUGGCUCUCAGCCCUUAACCAACGAGGAGAUGCCAGCCAGGUGAUCAUGGACCUUCAGUCGCACAGGAAUAUCGGACAAGAUUUCCCCGUGCGCGCCUUCAUCGAACAUAUCGCCGAGAUCCUACAGAUUCGGUUGGAAACCCAGAUCGGCGCUAAGAAAGUGUAUUAUAUCACAGUCACUGCCGUGAAAUCUUCCCUCCGGUCAUUUGAGUCCGCCAUCGAACCUCAGCAGAUGAAACUGGGACAAGUCCUGAAUUCGAGUAUACGUCGCUCACCGAAGCGUCGUAGCUACUCAGUGGACACAACACAGACAAGUCCUCAAGCCAAACGGAUAAAGUUGUUUACUUCUGCGGAUACCUCGGUCUCGGGCGGCGAUGACGCCCUCAGUCCAUUCUCCAGCCCCCUUAUCAAUGGUAGAAGCUCUCCCUCGCCAAGUAUCAGCGCCGUCUCGCAGUCGACUAGUGCUACUGAAGCUCCGACUAUCACCGCCGCGAUGCUCCGAGCCCUCACGAGAGAUAUGAAGAGAAAGUAUGCGUCUGCGUCGUAA